AUGAAAGCAUCAAUGAGCAACAUGAUUCUUGCUUCAACCUGUGUCAUACUGCAAUGGUGUUACUUUGGUGCUUCCAUCCCUGCCAUACAUGAAUAUACCUUGGUAGAGGAAGAAGAUUUGCAUAACAUAGGUAAGCAUUUACCUGUUCAAAACUUAGAUUCAUUCCCUCAAUUGAACAAGUCUGGUUCAUUUGCUGGGUCAUUCUUCAUCAUACACAAAGAUCAUUGCAAUGUUUGGCAUAAACCGCUUGAUCCAACUGAUCCAACAACAAUAGACCAUUUACAAUCAUAUUUAGAGAGGACAGCAGAGGAACAGAAGAAAUCUGAACCCUUCUUCACUUAUACCCCUGAUGACUUGUACACAAACUUAGCUGGAGUAGACUCUGUCAAGCUAAUGAACAACAUGUUACAAUCAGAUAAGGAAAACUGGCCAGAGCAUAUCCAAAAUAUAUUCAAGGCUGAUCCAACAGACAGAAUCAAAAACUUUUGGGCAUUCAUUGCAAUCAUGUCAGAAUUCAUGUCAACACCAGUUCUUCAGAAAACUUUUUUUGAAAUUGGAAAAGAGGAAGAAAGACUUCUACAAAGGGGAAAUUUGAUUGAUUAUGAUAUACACAAACUCAUCCCAGUGGUAUUAGACAUAUAUGCAACAGAAAUUAAAGAGCAUGUGAAGUUGCUUGAAACAGGAGACAAGCCCAGAAAAGUGAUAGAUAUCUUCACAAGAGAUGAGCAAACAAAGGUUGGAGAACAUGGAAUCCAACUGGAAAAACAGUGGGCCCCAACUGAAGAGGUAGAGCUGUACAGAAACUGGGCUUCAAACAUGAUGUUAUACCUGGAAGUGGAGGGUUCUGUCAAGGGAAUUCUUGAGACUCAAGCACUUCAGGUCAGACUUGUGAAGAAAAUCAGAUUAAACUCCUUGGGUAUCAUACCUUAUGAGAUAAGCCAAUGCCUGGAGCCUUUAUUGAGUACACGUGUCCAAGAUCUCACAGAUGAAUUAUUAGACUCAAUCAAGCUUUUAGAUGAAAAAUCAUGGUUACAAUUUUGGUCUUGCCAAGUAAGAUAUGAUGUUGGUAUUCGAGAUCGCUGGUGUGAUAAGCCAGAUGAGGAUACAAGAAAAUCUAUAUUGUUCUGGGUAAAAUAUAUGCCAUUCUAUCUUCAAAUGAAGGCUAGCGAAGAUACAUGGGACUGGUACUACCUCAUGGAGGAGAUAAUUGUAAAAGACAUCAAGGGGGACCACGCCUUGGAAUCUGUCAUGAACCAAUUCUUGACCAACCCGCCGCCUCUAAACACGCAAGACAAUUUGAUAGUCAAAUUCCUGGAAUUUGUUGUGGAAAUGACUCAAUCUCAAAGCCUCAGAAAAAUUGCAAAGGGAGGGCUAGAGAUUAUGAGUAUCAGUCCCACUCCUUGGUUUGUAAGGGCGUACAAAGAUUAUGGUGCUGAGUUAUAG